GUGCUGCACAAAUCCACUAUGUUCUGCUUAGUUCUACUCGUUCACUUCGCGAGCCUGCUCGCUGCAUCUACCAUUAUCGACACGUCCCAGAUUGGAGAUACUGCCCCACAAUUCGGAAGGAUACCUCGUCAACCUGGGUGUUUCUGCCUCAGAUCCUCGCUCCACAACCACAUGUGUAGAGACGAUUUCGUUAUCAAAGCGAAGAUCCUUGACGAUAGCAUGGGACGAGGACAUCGACGUGCGCUUCAUGGCUACCAGAUUCUAGUAAAAGAGAUAUUCCACCUGCCGGACGGAGACAAUCUAAAGGCAGGAGAUAGAGUUGCCCUGUACACUCCAGCUAACGAGGACUUCUGCGGUACCUCGUUCGUCAGGAGAAACACUUAUCUUCUGUCUGGGAGAAUAGUUGACACUAUCCUUGUUGUGACCUCUUGCGACUACUCUAGAAAGUGGUCGACCAUCACCACCUCAAUACAACGUACCCUGAACGCCCUGCCCAACAAGCGACACUGCUCCUGCAAGGUGUUCGGAUGUAACGGGGAAGUUUGCGGAGGCGUCGAGAGUGGGGAGGCGUUCAGCGUGUUCGAGACCAGCAGAUGUUUCACCAAGAGGGACACCCUCCAAGAGAGGUGUUAUGAAGACUACGGUGAGUGUCGUAUGAGCAACAGAGGAACCUGCUCCUGGAGAUCACAGAGAAAACCAAAGGUGUGCAUGAAUGUGGCGAGGCGGAGAAUGAGAAAUACUUGAGCUCAUAUUAUCUUAUUAUAUCUAGAGAACCACAUCGAGUGAAGAUAUGACUUACGAAGAUUUAGGAGAAGUGUGACACAUCCGUACUCAGCUGAAAACGAAGAGGAGAAGAAGAUUUCGACCCAACCUUGAAAACAAAAGACUUUGCUCUUGCAAUCCUUAGAACUAGCACUGUGAAGAUAUCAGACAGAUAUGUUAUUUUUCACAGAUUUAUUCUGAAUUGAUUGUGUUUUGUAAAUUCCCGAGAUUUUCUGGCUUGCUCCUGUUUUAAGGUGCGCCAAUGCUAGUUUUAAUGCUAGUAAAUGCUAGUAGUAAAUAACAAUGUUAUUUUAUUCUCACAUCCAUUUAGGGUGAAGGGUCAAAUUAUGCAACGUGUUAGUCAGAGAUUAAUUUGCCAUUCUUUUUAGAAUCUUAAACGAUAAAUAAAAUGUCACGACACUUAUUGAACUAUUGUUCAAUUUAAAAUUGAGGCCAGAUAAACAUUAGAUUAUAUUAAAGCAUUGCCUUUAAUACCAUAAAACAAUCCUCGGUUCAAAAUCAUUUUUCAUAAAAAAACGUCCGUUCUUCCACUGAUAAUCAGCGAGCUAUGUGCUGAACUGACAGUAUUUAGCUUAUUAGAAUAGAGCUAUAGAAGUAGUGCAUAUUGUUGUGAUAUGAGACUUAAAGUCAUUAUUUAUUGACCAGAGAGCUCAGCUCAGGUGUUGAGAUGUUUAGAUAAAAAUUGUUGAAUUGUAAAUACUUUGGAAUCAAUGUUAUCAGUUUCAAAUUCAGAUUAUUC